AUGCGAUGGGUCAUGGACCCAGUAAGAUUGGAGGACACAUCGCCGGGACCCCGAACGUUCUCAGGCUGUCUCUCGAUCCCCUGGAAGUUCAAGCGCUCAAAGCCGAACGUCGUGUCAGCUGCCAAGCAAGCCCUCGCUUCUUUCAACAGAACAUGGGACGUGGCCCAGCUGAGAUCCGCCAUAACGCUAUAUCAACAGGCGGUUAAUGACGCCCCCCAAUCAGAGGCGUAUCUGCUGGGCGAGCUGGGGCACUGUCUACAUCUAUAUUUCGACGCUCAAGGGAACCUUGACGACCUCCAGCGAGCCAUUGCGGCGGAUCAAAGUGCCCUACAACUCGUUCCAGACGGUCACCCUGACAGAGCUUUGCGGCUGCACAAUCUCAGCGCCUCGUUGCGAAACCGCUUUGAAUCCCUUGGCACAACCGAAGACCUCGCAAGUGCCAUCGAAAUGCAACUACAUGCAGUCGAGCUUACCCCGAUCGACCAUCCCGACCUGCCAAAUCGGCUCGACAACCUCGGCUAUUUGCAGUGGCUGCGUUUCAGACGCUUUGGAGAGAUCGAAGACCUCGAGAGCGCCAUCUCGAAUCUACAGUGUGCGAACGAGCUGACUGCAGAUAAUCAUCCCAACAAAGCCAGCAGGCUGCACAACCUCGCAUUGUCCUUGCGCACUCGCUUCGAGCGUCUCGGUGACUCCGCCGACCUCGAGCGGGCUGUCACAAUGCAACGCCGCGCUGUCGAGCUUACCCCGAUCGACCAUCCCAACCUGCCAAAUCGGCUCGACAACCUCGGCUCUUUGCAGCAACUGCGUUUCGGACGCUUCGGAGAGCCUGAAGAUCUCGAGAGCGCCAUCUCGAAUCUACAGUGUGCGAACGAGCUGACUGCAGAUAAUCAUCCCAACAAAGCCAGCACGCUGCACAACUUCGCAUUGUCCUUGCGCACUCGCUUCGAGCGCCUCGACGACCCCGCCGACCUCGAGCGAGCUAUCACGUCGCAAUGCCGUGUAGUCGAGCUUACCCCGAACGACCAUCCCGCCCUGCCAACCCGGCUCAAUAGCCUCGGCUUUUUGCAGUGGCAGCGCUUCAGACGCUUCGAUGAGCUCGAAGAUAUCGAGACCGCCAUCUCAAAUCAAGAACGCGCGAACGCGCUGACUCCGGAUGAUCAUCCCAGCAAAGCUAUCUGGCUGAGCAAUCUAGCGUCGUCUCUGGUGUUUUACUUUUACCGAGAAAGGACAAUGAAUCAUUUCUCUGAAGCCCUCUCUUGCUACAUAGCUGCAACAUCUCGACCCUUGGACUCGCCAGCAGAUCGCCUCAAAACUGCCAUAGAUGCUGUAGAGUUCCUCAACAAUACUCCCGAGUACAGCACCACUGAGAUGCUGUUACUCGCACACUCCCGCGUCCUCAAUAUUCUCUCCGAUGUCGUUUGGCCUGGACACAGCAUGGAACGCCGUCUGGAAGAGUCCCAGAAACUUGGCAAGCUUGUCAGUUCUGCAGUGUGCGCCGCCGUCAGAGUCAAUGCUACGGAUCAAGCCCUUGAGUGGCUGGAAACGGGUAGAACCCUCAUAUGGUCCCAGACACUGUCACUGCGUAGUCCUCUUCACGAUCUCGAACAAGCUUACCCCGAUCUAGCGCGUGCUCUUAACGACGUGCACGUUCGAAUGCAGGACAUGAUCUGUUUGCCAUCCCAUUCUGAUGAUGUCCUAUGCAAUGAACAGGAUGAUUCAAUGACAGGCUCGGGCCGUAGCCAUGCGGACAUCCAACGAGGUCUGGCCAUCGCGCAUGGGAAACUACUCUCGGGCAUCCGCAAACUCCAAGGCUUUGAAGACUUUAUGCUUCCUAAGAAGCUUCAUGCGUUACUUCCCGCAUCUACGCGUUCCGGCGGGCCUGUGGUCUUCAUCAACGUAGAUCGUGUGCGCUGCGAUGCCUUAAUCUUACUCGCGGAUGGCUCAAUGAAGGUCGUGGCAUUACCGGAUCUCUCCUUGCAAAGGGCGACGAUCCUGCGGUCACAGUGGUUGUCGUAUCUCGAGCUACAUAAUGUUCGCGAGCGUGGCACACUUCGAGACACCCCGAGAGCAGAUCAUCACUCUGAGGGAUCAAUAUCAGCUCGUCAUAUCCUCAGCCUCAUCUGGAGAUGGAUCGUGCGCCCGAUACUAGAAGGCCUCGGGAUAUACGGGCUCAAGGCGCCCUCCGGUUCACUCCCCCAUGUCACCUGGUGUCCCACUGGACCGCUAACCCAGCUGCCACUGCACGCAGCGGGGGGCUACCCACUGUCUGGGCCACGCGUUUACGACUUCGUGGUCUCCUCAUACACCCCAUCGCUCUCCGCGCUCACGCGCAGCAUAGAUGCGGUCACGGACGAGCCUGUAACUCCAAGCGUACUCGUGGUGACGCAAUCAGACGUUUCCGGAUACACGCCGAUACCAGGGACUUUGGUCGAAGGCGAACGUGUACGAGAGGUUCUGGCGCAGUCCAAGUAUGCUACCUCCUUCUUCACUGGGGAUAAAGUGUCAAAGGCCGCCGUACGCACCGCCUUGAACCAACACACCUGGUUGCACCUUGCUUGUCAUGGGACCCAGAACGCGGAAGACCCUCUACAGAGCGCCUUUGCACUCCACGACGGACCGCUCUCGCUCCUCGACCUCAUGAGCACCAGGGCGGACAAUGCAGAGCUUGCGUUCCUAUCCGCGUGCCAGACUGCCGUCGGCGACGAGAAGAUACCUGAAGAGUCGAUGCACCUCGCAGCUGGAAUGCUUGCCGUGGGAUACAAAGGCGUGAUCGCCACGAUGUGGUCUAUCGGAGAUAAAGACGCGCCAGUCGUCGUCAAGGCGUACUACCGGAGGCUACUCAAACUUCGCGCAUCUGGGACGCUCGGGAAGGGGGAGACGGGCGCGGCAUACGCUCUGCACGAGGCUACGAGGAAGUUGAGGGAGAAGGUCGGGUAUGAGAAGUUCGCGCGUUGGGCACCGUUCGUGCAUUUCGGGAUAUAG